CAGUGGCGGCGGCGGCGGCACGGCGCGGGCACCGGCCCGGGGAGCGGCAUCAUGAGCGGAUCACAGAACAAUGACACGAAAAGACAGUUUCUGCUGGAGCGACUGCUGGAUGCAGUGAAACAGUGCCAGAUCCGCUUUGGUGGGAGAAAGGAGAUCGCCUCGGAUUCCGACAGCAGGGUAACCUGUCUGUGUGCCCAGUUUGAGGCCGUCCUGCAGCAUGGCUUGAAGAGGAGUCGAGGAUUAGCUCUAACAGCGGCCGCCAUCAAACAGGCAGCAGGCUUUGCCAGCAAAACUGAAACAGAGCCCGUGUUCUGGUUCUAUGUGAAGGAGGUCCUCAACAAGCACGAGCUGCAACGCUUCCACUCCCUGCGCCACAUCGCCUCCGACGUGGGCCGUGGCCGCGCCUGGCUGCGCUGCGCCCUCAACGAACACUCCCUGGAGCGCUAUCUGCACAUGCUCCUGGCUGACCGCAGCAGGCUCAGCACUUUUUAUGAAGAUUGGUCUUUUGUGAUGGAUGAAGAAAGGUCUAGCAUGCUCCCUACCAUGGCAGCUGGUCUGAACUCCAUACUCUUCGCCAUUAACAUCGACAACAAGGAUUUAAAUGGGCAGAGUAAGUUUGCUCCUACCGUCUCAGACCUCUUAAAGGAGUCAACGCAGAAUGUGACCUCCUUGCUGAAGGAAUCCACGCAAGGAGUGAGCAGCCUUUUAAGGGAGAUCACAGCAUCCUCUGCUGUCUCCAUCCUCAUCAAGCCUGAGCAGGAGACCGACCCCCUGCCCGUCGUGUCCAAGCAUGUCAGUGCUGAUGCCAAAUGUAAAAAGGAGAGGAAGAGGAAAAAGAAGGUGACUAACAUCAUCUCAUUUGAUGACGAGGAAGAUGAGCAGAUCUCUGGUGACGUUUUUAAAAAGAUGCCUGGGGCUGGGGAGAGCUCGGAGGAGAACUCCGACCGCUCCUCGGUGAAUAUCAUGUCGGCUUUUGAAAGCCCCUUUGGGCAAAAUUCCAAUGGAAGUCAGAGCAGCAACUCAUGGAAAAUUGAUUCUGUAUCUCUGAACGGGGAGUUGGGGUACCAGAAGCUUGAUGUGAAAAGCAUUGAUGAUGAAGAUGUGGAUGAAAAUGAGGAUGAUGUGUACAGGACCACGUCAGGAAGGAAGUGCAUGGGCCACUCGGAGUCGCCGGAGAAGCCCCUGGAUGGGAGCACCUGCCUCUCCCGGAUGCACAGCUGGGCUCCACUGCAGGUGCUGCACGGUGACACCGAUGUCCUCUUUCCGGUCAGCGGUGUGGGCUCCUACAGCCCCGCAGAUGCCCCCCUCGGAAGCCUGGAGAACGGGACAGGACCAGAGGACCACAUUGCCCCGGAGCCGGGACCUCGGUACAGUGUGGAAGCCAGUCCUCCAGGCCAAGGAAGUCCUCUGAGCAGCCUCUUACCUUCUGCCUCGGUGCCAGAGUCGAUGACAAUUAGUGAACUGCGACAAGCCAUCGUGGCCAUGAUGAACAGGAAAGACGAACUGGAAGAAGAGAACAGAUCGCUCCGGAACCUGCUUGAUGGUGAGAUGGAGCACUCGGCUGCACUCCGGCAAGAGGUCGACACCUUGAAAAGGAAGGUAGCUGAGCAGGAGGAGCGGCACGUCAUGAAGGUCCAGGCAUUGGCAAGAGAAAACGAGGUGCUCAAAGUCCAGCUGAAGAAGUAUGUAGGCGCUGUCCAGAUGCUGAAAAGGGAAGGCCAGCCGGCUGAAGUUGUACCAAAUCUUUGGAACGUUGAUGGAGAAGUUACAGUCGCUGAGCAGAAGCCAGGAGAAGUCGCUGAGGAACUAGCGAGCUCCUAUGAAAGAAAGCUCAUCGAGGUGGCGGAGAUGCACGGCGAGCUGAUCGAGUUCAAUGAGCGCCUGCACAGGGCCCUGGUGGCCAAGGAGGCCCUCGUGUCCCAGAUGAGGCAGGAGCUCAUCGACCUGCGGGGGCCGGUGCCUGGAGAUUUGAGUCAAACAUCCGAAGACCAGAGUUUGUCGGAUUUUGAAAUAUCAAACCGGGCACUGAUUAACGUCUGGAUCCCGUCAGUGUUUCUCCGGGGCAAAGCAGCGAGCGCCUUCCAUGUGUAUCAGGUUUACAUCCGGAUAAAGGAUGACGAAUGGAACGUCUAUCGGCGGUACACAGAGUUCAGGAGUUUGCACCACAAGCUACAGAACAAAUACCCUCAAGUCAGGGCCUACAACUUCCCGCCCAAAAAGGCCAUUGGAAACAAGGACGCCAAGUUUGUGGAGGAACGGAGGAAGCUGCUCCAGAGCUACCUGCGCAGCGUCGUGAACAAGGUCAUCCAGAUGGUCCCCGAGUUUGCUGCCAGCCCCAUGAAAGAGACCCUGGUUCAGCUCGUGCCCUUCUUCGUUGACAUUGCCCCUCCUGGAGAGCCUCUGGACAAGAACAGCCGGCCCAAAGCGGCUGCCCGCUUCCCCAAGCUGUCCCGCGGUCACCCCAGGGAGACGCGCAACGUGGAGCCCCAGAGCGGCGACCUCUGACCUCGACAGAAUCCCAGACUCGGACCCUGCGUGCUGCGCUGGCUGCCUCCACCCUGGCCACUGUGUGUCCGACCUGGACACGGCAGCUGGCCCCUUACACCUUGGAGUGACAACCACGUCCCCUUGGUGAACCCCAGAGAGCACACCUUCCCCGCCGGUCACACGACACCCACAUUAAACUGGUCAGUCUGAGAGAGCAGGGUGGCUCCACGCUGCACAGACUCGGACGCUAGUCUCCCAGGGUCCGCCCUGGGCAGCAAGGGCCGUGUGUCCCCUUCCUCCAGCCCAGGGCCCAGCAGGCGGGUGGGCGCCAGGGCAGGCUCGGAGCGAGCCCCUGGGUGAGGUGCACAACUCAGUGUUCCACUUGGUCAGAAGGUUCAUUCAGAAACAACCUCCUGACUCUUUCCCACCUGGGAGUUAGAAUGACUGUUACCCUUUUUUUUUCUUUUUAAUGUAAUUGCCUGCUACAACCAAUGGACAUGUGGGGUGGGGGUGGGGUCUGUUCCUUUCCAUUUUACUCUCCGCCAGUGGUCAUUAGAUGCCCUACUUACGGCCCCCAUGGCCAGCAGGACCUCUGUGGUGUCACGCCUCCCGGGAGACAUUCCAGUGGCCUUCACGUGAAGGAGCUGUGAGUAAUGCGAACUGUGGUCCUUGGAGAACUUCCCCCUGCCUCCCCACGGUUGGCUUCUGGAAGGACCAGUCCACGUAGGAAACCUGAGGUCACCCAGGCCCAUGUGCAGCUUAUCAGGCUGAGUGGCACCUCAGCCAUCUGGGCCAACCUGGCGACCCGUGUUGGAGAGCCUUGGGCUGUUCAGGAAUCCGUGGCCUUGGCCUCAUGGUUGUGAGAGAGACUCGGCUCCGGGAACCACUGCAGAAGGUUCUGUAGGCCCUCAGGCUUUUAGACCUAAGUCCAGGGCUCCAUGGAGCUCAGCGUGGCUCUCGUAGACUUGGACACAGUGUCCACUCUGAACAGAUCAUGAUUGUCCCCAAAAGACCCGGGUUUGCGGUACAGGCUCUGUCUGCCGUCAUGCUCUCAUUGGGAGCAGGACCCUGUGAGCUCCCCCAGAUUGAUCCCUCUGUUCCUCCGUCUCCGAGCAGGCCCCGGAGGCAGGCGGAAACAGGACGAAGGUGGGCAACACGGCAGCCACCCCAGGCUUCUGCUCCAACACUCCCACAUUAGACCGCCUCGUGGGACUAGAGCCAUUCAGCCAGUUUCAGCAUCCAGAAUCACAGAAUUGUCUCCCACCCUCCACCCCCACCCCCACCCACACCCCCCCGGGCAAGAGCCAUCCUUAGCUGCUCUGUAUAGUUAUGAAGAGUUCGCAUUUUCUGGGGGAAAUACUAAGAAACUAGACAGGAGGUUGUGGAAUAGACUAUGCGAGCAUAAGUUUGACCUGAGGCAGACAGAGAUGUAGGGGAAUUUGAUGCUGUAAACGUGUGUGGAAGAUGGUCGGUGGAAGGCUACCUGUGUCUCCUCCUGGAACUGUUUCAACUCAGCCUAAAACUUGGUGAGCGACCUGGGUAAACACUGAGCAUUUCCUAGAUAGAGGAAAACUCUGGAAGGUGUAUGCUAUGUGUGGCUCUAUUAGCCAGAAAGAAACGUAUUCAGGGCAGUUAAGUAAAACUGAGAUAAUUGACGCACAGCUCUGCACAGAGACAGGCGGCAUGAAUAGCUUCUGAGGGAACAUUCCGCCAGGUGAGGCGUGCUCAGGUGAGCAGAACGAGCCUGCCGUUCUCCGUGGACGGAAGCGGGAGUGUGUGUGGCAGGGGCCCUGCUCUCAGCUCAGGGCUUUAGAGGGCCUGAGAGACGCUGUGUCCUAGAAAGGCAGCGUGGCCACACAUGCGCCCCGUUUGAAUUCCAAGUCCCACGGUGCUGGCUGGGCCGCUGCGGCUCGCGGCUUUGAACACAGAGCCCUCCUCAACUCCGUCAUCAGGGACUAAAAGCUCUGGCCGCCCAAGUCCGGCCUCCUGAGUUUGGUUUACCGCACGUCGGUCAUUUUGAAAUAGGUCUGGGAUGAGCCGACAGACUGUCCCAGCACUGCCUGUCCACACAGCAGAGUCUGCACCCGCGAUAUCUCCUUUCUGUCUGUAUCAGAUACAGGAUGGAACCACCCACCUCCAGCGUUCCCCCUGGGGGGCCGAGGGUUCUGUUCAGCCAGCUUUUUCUGGCACCUGAUCUGAAACACGUCUGAGUGAAUCUGGCCUCGCCUUCUCCAACCACCUCACCAGGAACCUUCCUUGACAUUCUGCACACAGAGUUAAAAAACAAAGCAAAAACAACGGCACCUGGAGCUACCGCAGACAGAUGCGAAGCCGCGAGAACCAAGUACGCACUCAGCCUGUAUUUAAAAAGGAGAAACUCUGCCCAUUUUUUAAAGCUUAUUUAUUCAUGGAAAACGUGCCCUGCUCUCCCCAAGUGUCGACUGUAAAGACAUGUUCCUGGGGGCCACAUGGGAGCCAUCCGGGAUGCUUGCUGUUUGCGCUCCCUUUAUUGUGAUCAUGCAGAAACUCUGGAAUCAUCUUCAACAUACAGACCACCCCUCUGAUGUCAGAUAUGCAUGUGACAUGCACAUUACAGCAACUCCUCAAAGCCUUAACUUUGGAAUCACAUAGAAUGUUCUGCAAUGAUUUAGUCCAUCCAGCUGCUCAGAAUACUCCUGCCCUGCUCCAGUGUGCUGGGGCAGACUUCCUGGAGAAAGAACAAAAUGCCCAGGUCCAGGGAGGUCCAGGCUGAGAUCUGGUACACAAAAUGUCACCCCCCGAGGACGUGUCCUCAUCUGCCCUUCAACGGGGAUCCAGGUCGGAGUGCCAACUGUCCUCCUCCCUCCAAAACACCCCUCAGCCCCCUGUGACCCCUCGGAGGGACAGACAGCCCUGCGGAAACAACCAGUCAGAGUUACUUCUGUCUGCUUGAUCCAAUAAGAAGAUUCUUUGGUGCCUCCAAAGUUGGCACCUGAGAAAGGAAGCCCCC